CAGCGACCUCCCUGAGAGGAACACGUGAGGGCAGGGGGGGGCGGUCUUCUCCUGGAGCUCCUGUCUCAUCUCUUUCUCAGUCUUCCUCCACCAAAAACCUGCAAAAAACAAACAAUCACAGAUGUGCUGGAUCGGCCUCCUCACCUUUAAUCUGGACCUCGGGAUGAUCCCAGUGGGUGAGUUCAAGAACUUUGCCACAGAACAGAAUCCACAGUUCCGGGUGCUGAAACCGUGGUGGGACGUCUUCACGGAGUAUCUAUGUAUCAUAAUGCUGAUGAUUGGUGUCUUUGGAUGCACCCUACAGCUCACCCAGGACAAGAUCUCCUGCCUGCCAAGCCACUUCAGCAGCCCCACUCCAGAGGCCAUCGACUGCAGCCACAUCCGCGGCUACGGGGAGAACGAGACCCGGGAGCACACGCUGGCCAACCCCGUGAGCCCCAUCAUCCGGGAGGUGUACGGCCGUAAGAACAACCUGGACAUCCACCAGUAUGUCUUUGUGAACCACUUCUGCUAUGAGAGGGCUGUGCAUUGGUACGGAAAGUACUUCCCCUAUCUGGUGGUCAUCCACACCAUGAUCUUUAUGGUGGUCAGCAGCUUCUGGUUCAAGUUUCCUGGGACCUCGUCUAAAAUCGAGCUCUUUGUGACCAUUCUCGGGAAGUGUUUUAACUCCCCCUGGACCACGAGGGCCCUGAACGAGGUCUCCGAGGAGAGAAGCGAGGAAAAGCUGGUGACUCUACGGAGGAACACCAUGUCGAAACCCCCAGCAGCGCUGGAGGAGGAAACAGUGGGGCUCCUGCGGUCGUCCUCCGUCAAGUCCAACUCUGAGAAAAAGCCCCCGGAAACUCAGUCAUCGGCCUCGGUUCUGGAUCGCAAAGAAGGAGAGCAGGCCAAAGCUCUGUUUGAGAUGGUGAAGAAGUUCAGAACGCACGUGGAAGAAGCUGACCUCCUCUAUGUUAUGUAUGUGCUGCAGACAUCUUUCAAAGUGUUCCAGGUUGUCCUCAUCAUUAUCUACAGUGCGGUCCUGGUUAAUAACAUUGAGAUUGUGGUGCGUUGCUUGGUUCCUCCUGAGCUGACCGGUUUCGACAUCUACUGCUGUAACCACAACAAGGCUCAUCUGUUCUCCAAGCUGGCCUACUGCUACAUCAGCUUUGUUGGGGUAUAUGGAAUAAUGUGCAUCUACACCCUAUACUGGCUUCUCCAUCGUUCUCUAAAAGAGUACUCUUUUGAGCAGGUCAGGUUGGAGACGGGUGUUGACGACAUCCCAGAUAUGAAAAAUGACUUUGCAUUCCUCCUCCACCUCAGCGACCAAUACGAUGCUCUUUACGCCAAGCGGUUUGCCGUCUUUCUCUCUGAGGUCAGCGAGUCCCGGCUCCGGCAGGUCAACCUCAACCAUGAGUGGACCGCCAAAAAGCUACGGACACGCCUCUGCAAGAACACCAACGAGCGGAUGGAACUCCAUCUGUUCAUGUUGCCCGGUUUCCCUGAUACUGCCUACGAUCUUCCAGAGGUAGAAUCACUGAAGCUGGAGCUCCUCUCUAAUGUGACCAUCUCCUCUGGCAUAGUUAAACUUACUGCUCUCCAGGAGCUGGCGCUCGUCCACUGCUCUACCAAGGUCCAGCAAGCGGCCUUGACCUGCCUUAAGGAGCGGCUGAAGGUCUUGCACUUGUCUUUUGAGAGUGCAGACCAGGUUCCUCUCUGGAUGUAUAACCUCCAGAACCUGCAUGAACUACAUUUAAGUGGCCUACUGAUCAAUGAGGUGUCCCGAAACCCUGCUCUGGAGUCCCUGAGAGACCUCAAAGCUCUCAGGGUCCUCACUAUUCGCAGCAACCUCAACAAGAUCCCGACCAGUGUAGGGGAUGUUGCUUUGCAGCUGCGAAAGCUUUGCAUAUACAACGAAUGUUGCAAGAUUGCGGCUUUUAGCAGUCUGAAGAAGUUAACAAACCUGGAAUCCUUAGAACUGAUUGGAUGCAUGCUAGAGCGCAUCCCCAGCGCCGUCUUCAGCCUGGUGAACCUCCAGGAGCUGGACCUGAAGGACAACAAGCUCACCACUGUGGAGGAGAUCCUGAGCCUACAGCAUUGCCGGCGUCUGGUGACUCUGCGCCUGUGGUACAACAGCAUCAGCUACAUCCCGGAGCACAUCAGCAAGCUGCAGUUCCUGGAGACGUUGGACAUCAGCUGGAACAAGCUCCAGAAGCUCCCUUCCAGAUUGUUCUACUGCACCAAGCUCAAGCACCUGGACGUCUCCCACAACCAGAUCACCGUGCUCCCGUCCGAGGUGAACAUCCUGCAGGGCCUCCAGUACUUCUCGGCGGCCUUCAACUCUCUGGAGGUGCUGCCUGAGGAGCUGUUCUCCUGUAAGAAGCUCAAGACAUUGGUUCUGGGCAACAACCGCCUGAUCAACUUGAGCCCAAGGAUACCAAACCUGACCAUGCUGGUCCGGCUUGAGCUGAAAGGGAACCGCAUAGAUUCUCUUCCUGACGAGAUCGGGGAUUGUCCCUCGCUGACCCUCAGUGGGUUGGUCAUCGAGGCUAACCUGGUGGAUCUACUGCCAGCCUCAGUACAAACUAAACUGGGGAGCAGAUGAUUUGGAAGAACUUUUGAUGUUGCAACAUUUUGAGAAAACUGUAAAGAUUUUAAGGAAAGGGGUUACAUUAUAUUCCUCAACAAAGCACCAAGUGUAAAUUUUGAGUUUAAAAUAUUUGACUACUGGUGUUUUUUUUUGUUUUAUACAUGCAGUUUUAUCUAUUGUAAAUAUUUUUUACUCAAACUAUGUAUUUAUUUGAAUUGUUUAAUAACGACAUGUAGCCGUAAGGUUUGGUUUAGACCUGCUACUGUCAGGUUAGUGUUACACAACAACAGACUACUUUACAAAGCGAGAAUUUCACCCAAUCUUUAUUCUUAAAUUGAUAUGCCAGCCAGUCCCAAGACGAAGGGGUACAAGUUGCUUUAAAUGACACACGGAACAUCUUGGUUUAUAUAUCUCUUGACAUAAUGAAAUAGUCCAGGAUGCAGAGGAUGCUUAGAGAACUAAGAGGUGAAAGACAUUUUAAAUUACCUGAAUAUUAAUGCAUUUUGGGAAUAUACAAUAAUCAAUACACUGAUAUUAAAAAAAGAUUCGAACUCUGUGA